GCCUCCUUUCCGGCUCCUCCUCCUCCGCUCCUCCCGGCGUGCUCUCCUGGCCUGAAAGAUGCCGCCGCUUCCGACCUGGGCCAGCCGGAGAAGGAAGGAGGAGCUGCUGUAGCUGCCGAGAGGCUUCCAGACAUCAAGUGCUUUGAGUUCGUGGCCAGCACAGAUGGCAGUGACGUUGCACACGGACGUGGGAGACGUGAAAAUAGAGCUGUUCUGUGAGCGCACCCCCAAGGCAUGUGAAAAUUUCCUGGCUCUCUGUGCUAGUAAUUACUACAACGGCUGUAUAUUCCACCGAAAUAUCAAAGGCUUUAUGGUACAGGCAGGAGAUCCCACAGGCUCUGGGAAAUCAGGAACCAGCAUUUGGGGCAGGAAAUUUGAAGACGAAUUCAGUGAAUAUUUAAAGCACAGUGUCCGUGGAGUGGUUUCUAUGGCAAAUAACGGCCCAAACACAAAUGGAUCUCAGUUCUUCAUCACUUACGGCAAGCAGCCUCAUCUGGACAUGAAAUACACGGUGUUUGGGAAAGUAAUCGAUGGUCUGGAUACACUGGAUGAGCUGGAAAAACUGCCUGUGAACGAAAAGACUUUCCGGCCUCUUAGUGAUGUUCACAUCAAAGACGUUACAAUUCAUGCGAACCCUUUUGCUCCAUAAUGGGACAGCAUCAUGAUCAGCUGCUUGGAAUUAACCGCGAGUGACUUCUGAAGAGUCUUUUGUGCAUUCACUCUUGGAAUCGAGGAUUUGCCAAAGUUUUUUCUUGACCUUUUUCAGUAUUCAAAUUUUAAAGAGUUUCAAAAAGAUUAAGGGUAGGGGAUAGGGGGAAUAGAGAGCACAAUACAUUUGGCCUUAUUCUGCAUAAAAAUACUUUUGAAAGAUACAAGCUUCCAUCUACAAUACUUUCUUUACAUAAAUUGUCCCAUAUUAUGAUGUCUAUACUAAACACCAUCAACAUUUUAAAAUUUUAUAGUAUAAAUCAUUUGUUAAAGUUAUCUAUUAGUUUUGACAAUUCCAGUGAAGGCAAUUUUGUAAUACGGGGGGGGGGGGGAGGGGAAUAGAUAAAUAAGUUCACACCAGAGAAUCUUAAGAGUCUUGAGUGUCUAACCAGGCAUAAAAUUUCAUCCAGUAUUUUCUUGCUUCUUCUUUAGAUCUCCCAGCUAACAGCUGGGAUAGAAAGUCCAGCUCUGCUGUUUCCAGAAUUUUUCCCACCAAGUUCAUUUUCGUGGGACUAAUCUCAGUAUUUUGGCAGAGGGAGAGAAGACACAUUUUGAUACGUGAAGUUUUGUUUGUUUUACAAAGCUUGGGGGGAAAAUACACAUGGGGAUUUUUAUAUAUAAAAUAUGAAACUACCUUUUCCUGUUUGAAGUUAUCUAGUUCAAACACGAUUUAUUUUAAAAUACCUUGUGUGGUUCUUCCUUUCACUUAAGGCAGCUGUUAACCGGAGCAUCUACAUGGGGAUCAGAUAAUAGUUUACCAACAUCAAAUAAAAGUAGGAGAUUCUGCAGCUCUCACAACUAGACUGGCCUACAAGAAAUAGUAGUAUGAAGAGCAUGAUGCACCUGUUUCCCUUGUGCAGACAUGUUUGUUUUAUGAGUAAUCCCAGCUGACUGCAUUAAAUUUUGUGCUUCCGGUCCACUCAGAUUAGGAUGAGGUGAUCAUACUACUAGCACUGAGUGGGGCUCAUUUGGCAUAAUUAAAUAAUGUCCUCAAACAGCAGCUUUUGGUUGCUUCGGUGACUUACAGCUGGGCCCUACUUCUAAUUUUUUCCCCUCUCGUGAAAUUUAAUUCUUCAGAAAAGACAGCAAGUAGCGAGCAGCAUAAUAUAUGACUUGCAAAGCGAACCUCACUUGCUAUUCUACAAGGUGUGAGGCUCUAACGUCCGCACAACAUGGAAAAUGUGUCAAUAAAUAAAAUGUAUGCCUGUG